UUUACCAAAAGAACAUCAGAAAAUUAAUAGGAUUUAUUACGAAUUUCAAUAUUCAAAAAGAAACAUAAAUCUUUACGUAGAAAAACGAGAAAAACUAUUUGAUGUACAUCUGAAAAUCAAAGAAAUACUUAAAAAGAGAUUUAAGGAUUUUUUAGAAUUGAAGGCGAUGAUUGAAAGCACUGAAUUAUUAGUUUUGGAAGCUUUGCAAAAAGAGAAUUCUUUGAAGACUGUGAAUAAUUAUGGAGAAACGUUAUUACACAUUGCUGCAUCUAAUGGCUGUGGAAAAAUUGUAGAAGAAAUUCUAAAGAAGUCAUGUUUUGAAAUUGAUCACAAAAACGUUUUCGGAUGGACACCACUUACACAAGCAAUCAGAAAUGGAAAAAUUGAUUGUGUCAAGAUUCUUAUCGAUAAUGGAGCAAACGUUAAUCACGUCACUUAUCUAGGAAUGUCGGCUAUUGGAUUAGCAACUGCAAUAGGGAGCGAAAUGUUUGAAAUAAUUUACAAAGCUUCACCCUCCGCCCUUGGAAUUGCAGCUCAAGACGAAGUUUGUCCACUGAGUAUAACAGCGAUGAAGAAUGACAAAGACUUGUUCUUUCGACUCUUGGAAUUGGGUUUGGAUAUUUCUAAAGCAAAUAUUUUGGCUCAUUGUGUGAUAAAAUCGUCACGUAUUCAGGAAAUAUCUUCGCUGGCGAAACUUCCCGAAGACGUUGAAUCCUUUUGGAACGAUUGCUCGGAUAAUAUAGAAAUUUCCGAAGAGAUUGACAGUAAUAAUAAUAAUAGACAAAUAAAUAAGAUGGGAAAACAUUUACCAAAAAUAUUUAUUGAAGAUACUGACGCAAAAUUAGUGGAUCAAGUGAAUAAUGAGACUUCAGAGCAUAAAGGUGGAAUUUUCUUUGAUAAAACAAAUGAGUGUAAUCCCAUAUCGCCAACUCUUACCUACAAUUUCGAUGGUGCUUAUCCUCCAUCACCGAGAACAAUUUUUCCCGAUGGUGGAAAAUUUUUUGAAAAUCCAACCGAGAAGAAAAUGGAAUUAAUCACUGAUUUUCAAAAUGGUGAUUGUGGAAUAAAAAGGUGUAAAAAUAUUCGUCCUCCGGAUUUGGUACUAACUCACGAGGAUCAAUUGGACUUUAAUAAUAGUUUGAGUUUCGUUCCUGAAUACAGUCCGACAAAGUCGCCACUCGUUCCACCGGAAAUUGAAGACGAAGACGCAGUGUUCGGUGACAUAACUCCGACACAAGCGCAAGAAAAAACUCCGCCAGCAGCUUUUAUUUUCAAUCCAAAAGAUGCUCCUAUGUCUUUCUUUCUUCACAGUUACGGACUUGGACGUUUUAUUCCCAUUUUUUUGGAACAAGAGGUGGACGUUGAAUUAUUUUUAACACUGAACAAUGAGGAUCUGAAAGAAAUUGGUGUUGAGAGUGAAAACGAAAGGCGCAUUAUACUUUCUGUGAUUGAUGAAAUUAAUGAUACUGAAUCAGAUAAAUGAAGGAUGAUCUAAUAUUUUUUAUUUUUAUUUAUUCGAAAAAAAAUUGUUAAUCUUUAUUCAUAAUUUUAUUUUUCGAAGAGAAAACGAGCUUUAUCAAUAAUAUCUUAAUUUUUUUAUUCAAUUUCUACGAA